AUAAGGCUCUAAUUCCGGAAGCAGGAUCUUGAAAAAAUGUGGGCUUACUGCUACCUGGCUGAAUGCUGUUUUUGAAAGUGUACACCUGUCGUCACGUAAUUGGGGUGCUUACCGACGCUGUCUGCGUACUACAAUCUUUGAAAAUACUUUUAUUUCUGUUACUGUACUUAAGCUGGGCAGGCAGUCUUGCCCAUAUUGUGGUCGAUGAGACUGGACGGGGUACCCGGUAAACUUAACUUGCACGAGACAUGUAAUUUUCUUCUGUAACUGCGGGACUGUAACGACUAGUCGAAGGUAGUACAUUCAAUAUGUUUCUGGGAUGUUCACCUCACUUGGUUUACGUGACCUGUGUUCAUUCUUUCUGGGAUAUGCAGAUAGUAAGAGUGGUGACCAUGGUUUUAUUUAUGCAAAUGGUGCCAUCUUAUUGCGCAUUUACCAGAUAUGUCACAACAGUUACCAUUCCAUCUAAAGAAGACUGGCAGUAUAAUGAAGAGUUCAUCGAGUUCACAGAUAAACCUGAUGUUGUUAGUAAUAUCUCCGAAGUGUCUGUGAGGUAUUUAUGUUCCAAACCAUGUAUUAUUAAUGUGGAAGCUCUAGCAUCAUCAGAGUUCCAAGUUGGAGUUCCAGUAUACAAGAAGAGAUGGAAGAGUGAAAAACAUUUCCACAUCCACAGGACUGCUAGAGUGCCAAUAACAUUUCCCAGCAUGUUGGUCUACAGAGAUGACUGUCUGCUGAAGCAUUCGAUUUCUGUGCAUAGUGUAAUACUAAGGGCAUGGAUUGUACCAAAAGACCUGUGGGAUCAAAACUCUGAAAACUCUGAAGAGAUGAGAACUUACCAAAAUGCUGCUGUGAAAACAUACUCACUAGUGGAACCCAUUUCAGUUUUUGAACGGCCAAUUAAAGACCACAAAAAAUGUAUUCGUUGGGAUGUCCAGUAUAAAUGCAAGUUAUAUGCAGACAAAAUACCACAGUGCUUCCGAGAGACUGAUGUUGUGGAGAUUCUGAGCUUUCCAUAUGCAUCUACUGGAGAAAAGUUUGGACUUGUCAAACCAUUUGAUCGAUUUAAGAAUUAUGAGCUGGAAUCACUCAGAAAAAUGCGCAUGGAAAAUCCCAGAUUUACCAUUUCCAUUUGGGUUUAUUUACUUCAUUGGUGUAAGGCCAGGCUUUGUGGGAUUAUUCAUCAUCUCAGUGAUGGCUUGUAUAGUACACCCAUGUUGUUUUUAACAGAAUCAGGGUUUAUUCAUAUUCAGCUACAGUUAGUCUUGGGAAGAGAUAUUGCAGUGAAAACACACUACAAGAUUCCACUCAGGCGUUGGAAUCGAUUGGAUCUUUCCUUGGAAGGAAGGAAGAUGACAUUUACUUCCAGGCUCGGAGAAAAUAUGGAAGAAAAGCAAAGUCUGCUUUAUAUCUGCGAUGAAGAUGUGUUUUUUAAUGACACUGCUGGCUUCUUUGUCCUUGGUGGCAGCAAGCAUGUUCCUGGCAUUGAAGGGUUCUUUGGACCAGUGAAGGUUUACCGUCUUACAGCACUAACAACAGAUGAAAUAUUUAACCUUCCAUUUGGCAGAAAUAUUAAUGAACUUAUGGAUGCAUACUACACAAGAUGUGAAGACGUAAAGGAAAUUGUAUUUCUGUUUUCUCAGAUUGUCAAUCAAGGUAGAAUGCUUGAGGAAAAGAAUACGUGUGGCAACUAUUAUUCCAUGCUGAAUGGCAGAUUUGGGGAUAAGCCUUUAUGUGACAGCUUUCCUUGGGGACCUCAUGAAAGGGAAGAAUAUAACAAUUUGUUUCAUUUGCUUAGUGAAAUGAUACAUGAUUUACCCACAGAUCUGUCAGAUCAGCUUGAGGUGACUUCAUACGUUGGCAAAAGAAUAUUUGAGAAAGUUACCGAGAAAUUAUCUGGUCCACAAGGACUUGACUAUGUGAGUUCACUUUUGCCAUCUUUGUUGGAUUCCAGUUGCUGUGAUUACCACAGAGCUACUUACUUCCUUGCUGUCAUUUAUGAAAUGGGACUUCGUGUGUAUCAACAUUCUUCACAGGGGCUACUUUACAGUUUGGUUGCUGCACAAGGAGAUGACAGACUUGCUCUAAUGCAUCUUGGAUACAAACACCUGCAAGGAAUUGAUGGCUAUCUCCUUGACCAUGAUUUGUCUUAUGGCUACUAUGCAAAUAUUGCUGCACAAACAUCCCUUGAUCGACGCAUCACAGAAGGAAAGCAGACUUAUGUGGAAAUUGUAAGACUGAUUGAUGAUCAGGCGCUGAAGACACAAACUGAUGAAAAUGGUGACUACUUUCUGUGGGUGAAACAUCUAGCAACACAAGGCAAUACAGCUGCUAUGCAACAAGUAGCUGCAAUGCUGUACUGGGGACAGAAUGGAGUGUCAAGAAAUAUUGAAGCUGCACUCGAAUGGUACAGAAGAGGAGCUGUAGAAAUAGGAGAUCCAACUAUGAUGUACGAUUAUUCUCUCCUUUUAUUUAAGGGUGAUGGUGUGCAGGAGAACAGAAGAUUAGCUUUGAAGUUGAUGAAAAAAGCAGCUGCAAAGGGUUCUCAUCAAGCGUUCAAUGGAUUGGGAUGGUAUUACCAUAAUUACAGAAGAAACUUUACUAAAGCAGUAAAAUACUGGCAGAGAGCCCAAGAGCUGGGAAAUAGUGAUGCUGUCCACAAUCUGGGAGUACUGUAUUAUGAAGGUCUUUAUCCAGGAGUUGCAGAAAAAAAUGACACACUUGCUUUUGAAUAUUUUCUGAAAGCUGCAGAAGGUGGGCAUAUGGAAGGAGCCAUACGCUGCUCAUCUUUUUAUUCCACUGGAGAAAUAAAGAGUGUCCCCAGAAAUCCAAGAAUGGCUGUCUUAAUGGCAAAAUAUGUUGCAGAACAGAAUGGUUAUCUAGGUUAUACUAUAAGGACUGCCUUAAAUGCAUACAAAGAUAUGUCAUGGCACAAAGCACUACUAUAUUAUCUUUUGACUGCAGAAACUGGUAUUGAGAUGUCACAGACAAACAUAGCCUAUAUUUGUGAAGAGAAUCCUGAACUGGCAAGCAGCCACCUAAGCUCUGACUGUGUCUGGAGAUACUACAACCUUUCUGCCAAUCAGAUUAAUUCUCCAACUUUUGCGUAUCUGAAGAUGGGAGAUUUGUAUUAUUAUGGUUAUCCUAACAGGUCAAGGAACAUCGAUUUAGCUGGUGUUAUGUAUGCAGAAGCUGCCUCACAGAGUGAUUCUCAGGGCUUUUACAACUUGGCAUCUCUCAUUGAAGAAGGACAUUCUUUGUCCCCAGUGAUUUUGGAUCAUCUACAGAUUAACAGAACAGUGUGGUCCAGUAAUUACUCUCUCCUUUUAGAACUUUACAAGAGGUGCAACUUUUACAGUGCCAAGGAGUCAGUCAGUCCUUGCCUUCUAGCUCUGUUUCGUUUACAUUUGACAGUGGCAUGGAACAGCAUGUUACGUGAUACUAUGGUCCACAUCACUGCAACCAUUCUAUUGUCCUUGUUGAUUGUUAUCGUGCUACAGCAUCUUCAAGCUAUACCAGGUUUACAGUGGCUAGCAGGAACAGAAAGUCCAGCAAGAUAUGUCAUGGAUAGGAGUGAACAAAUGGAUCAGGGACCUUCAACACCAGUUAUUCCUACUAAUACAUCCACUGAAAGAAACAUAUUCAUUAUAAGGCUGGCUCGACUGUUCAGGUUUGCUGCCAUCAUUGAGGCAAUUAGAGGCAUGGAAGAAAGAUUACACCUGCACUGGAAUGUCGGGGAGUGGUUAUUCACUGUUUCUGGAAUUUCCAUUUGCAUUGCUUGUAUUGUGAUUACUUUGCAUGUCAUAUGAGGCAAAACAAUUUAAUGACUAAUCUAACAAAAAAGUAAGAAAGAAAUCAAAGAAAGAAACAAUGAAACCAUCAGAAGCCAAGGGAAAAGUCUCUGGUCUGGUUUGAGUUUGCAUGGAUACAGCAAUGAGCUGUAGUCUGCUUUGUGCAGAUGGCAGUCCCAUGAACACAGACCACUUACUGCUUGAAAGCAGUUUCUUUCCAUAGAACUUUAAACUGCAUGUUUUAUGGUGAUGGGUGAGAAGUAUUGAAAUACACAGAAAUUGUUAAUAUUGUAUUAUUUUGUAUUUUUGUGCUCCAGAAAAUGUGGUUGAAUCCGGAAACAAGUAAAUGUUUCUGUUUUCCCACCUUUCCUUGUAUACUGCAAACUGAAAAGUGUUUUUAUAAUUUACUGAAUGGAAAUAUGAUUGCUUUAGAGGGAAACUGUAUUUUGAUCAUCAGUGUCUGACAGUUGUAGACAAAAACUGUGUUAUAAAAGAUGGGAAUUCACUUUGGUUUAUGCAGUAUGGUCACCUGCAUUGACAGUGACAAUUUUAUAUUUUCUUGGCAAGCUAGCAUUGAUAACAGUGAUUGAAAUUCUUGUAUGGAUGUGAAGAAAACUGUAAAACGUGUUACAUUCUUUUGAACAGCAUCCAGGAAACAGACUAUUUUCUUCACACUUCAGUUAUGAACUGAUUUAUCUCUUCCUAUAACUCCAAACAUCUUAUUUUUUCUUUAUCAGUAUACUGUAUAUAUAUUCACAAGCAGUCAUUUUUCAUUCAGGCAUAUAGUACACUGCUUAUAAUGUGUUUAUAGUACAACUCAUCAGUAUCUUGAAUUGCAUUAGUUCGAUCAGAAUUUGUAUCAGAUAAAAUAAAUGCACUGCUCCACUA